UUCUGGUAAACUGCUAAUAUGAGUCUCUGUCCUAAAGUUUCCUAUAUUGUUAGAGAAAGGAAUGCCAGGAAAAUUCACCCCUGCUAGACAAUAUCAUCAAGAAUCUCCCAGCUCCAGGCAGUGGAAAUCUUAGAAAUGGAGAACAAAGGUAAACAUUGGGUGGAGAAGUUGUUUUCUCCUCAUUUUAGUGCACAAUAUUUUUUUAGUCAAGCCUAUCAGCCUGAAUCUCUGAUGUUUGAAAAAUUGGCUUUAGCAAGAGCAAAGAGAGUGGAAGAAAUCUACAGUAGAGCAAUUAAAAAAUAUCAAGAAGAAAAAAGGCUCAAAAGGAAAGAAUGUUUUUCCAAACUCAUUGUACAAGAAUAUGAACCAAACAUAGUAAGUGCAAAGAUAAACAUUUCAAAGAAGGAAAGAGAAGGGGAUUCUGACUGCUGUGGAGCUGGUAAUUUAGAUGUUGGGACUGAAGAAAGCUUAAAGAAAACAGAGGGUCAUUGUAUCUGGAAUGCAAAGGAAUUAGCAGAUUUGCGACAAGAAAUGCACAAGAACCAUGUGGAAGGAGUUUCUCUGAAACUUCAGCUGUCCACCUUGAAUGCAGAGUUAGUGGAAUUGAAAGCUAAAAGCAAAAAAAUACAAGUGGACUUUGAAAAUGCUGAACAAGAACUUCUAAACUCCAAAAAAGAGGUUCGCUGCAAAAAUACCCAACUACAGCAGAUUCAAAAGGACAGCUUAAAAAAAGAUUUUGAGCUUCAAGCCUUAAAACAACAUUUACAUGAAAAAUCAGCAAACAUAGGAAGCUUAAAUGAAGAGCUGCUUCAGGCAAGAAAAGAAAUUCAGAGUUUGGAUCUAAAGAACAAGGAUUUACAUCAAGAAGUUAAGAAGUUAAAACGGCAACAUGAUCUUGGAAAUAAGGCCUCCAUAGAAAAGGUGAAACUGCAUUAUGAUUUAAAAAUCAGAAACAUACAAAAAGAACUGGAGGCUGUUAAAAGUGAGCUGAGUGAUGAAAAGCUUUUGCAUGCUAAGACUGUUAAGGCUUUAGAAAUACUUAGGAAACAUUUUUCAGCCCAACCAUUAUCUAAUACAUUGGACAAUCUGCGAGUAGAUUUUUCUUUAAAAUAA